CUUGACUAUGCAGAGGGUUCGCUCCAGGAGACAUAGGGGACACAAGCCUGUGCCUGGGGUUGAUCCCAUAUUUGUCCAUGUUGGUCUUGGCACUGUUGCUCAAGACCCAGGACAUGCAGCUCAACACUUUUGUCCUUCCCUCUGCACAGUCAGGCUCCUCCGUACAGCCAGAUUUCUCCUCAGUAAACCAGGACUUGGUGACCUUCCCUGACGUGGCCGUGAGCUUCUCCCCAGAGGAGUGGCGUUGCCUGGACAUCUCUCAGAGGAAGCUCUACAGGGAUGUGAUGUUGGAGACCUACAAGCACCUGCAGGCAGUAGGGUAUUUUGGGGUAAAGCCUGCACUAAUCUCCUGGUUGGAAGGAGGAGCCCUGGGGAGGCUGCCCCGAAGCCUGUUUCCUGCAGAACUCAAGCCAGAAAUCCAUCCUUGUCCCUUCUGCUCUUUCACCUUCUCCAGUCAGAACUUUCUCAGUUGUCAUAUGAAACGAAGUCAUCCCUCCUGGGUCCUCCUGGGAACAUCUGCAAGAAAGCAACGUCAAUCAGAGAAUUCCUAUACAUGUGAUCAGAACCAAUGGCGGCAGCAUUCUGAUCCAUAUAAUGACACACCAAAGAAUGACAUACUUGAAAGUCAAAAGCACAAAGAAAGCUCCAUACAUUUGGGUAAUAGGAUGAGGCAUAAAAGAAUUUCAGUAGUCUUUUCUAAAUUAUUUAGUGGUCAAAUAGAUAGCUCUAGUAAAAUGACAAUGGAAGAAGAUAUUAACACAGGCUUGAAAGAAAAUCCAAAGGACACAGGUGGAGUAGUUCCAGGGAUAGACUUGCCAAUAAUUUUAAGAGACAAGUAUGUAAGUUCUGGGCAAGGCUUCAGUGAUGGAUCAAAUCUCAUCACAUAUCACAUGACUCACACAGGGGAGAAGCCCCAUGUUUGCAGAAAAUGUGGUCGAGGCUUCAGUGUGAGCUCAAGUCUCCUCAUACACCAGAGGACACACACAGGGGAGAAGCCCUAUGUUUGCAGAGAAUGUGGUCGAGGCUUCAGUCACAGAUCAAGUUUCAGUGAACACCAGAAGAUACACACAGGGGAGAAGCCCCAUAUUUGCAGAGAAUGUGGACGAGGAUUCAGUGUGAUGUCAAAGCUCGUCAGACAUCAGAGGACACACACAGGAGAGAAGCCUUAUGUUUGCAGAGAAUGUGGUCGAAGCUUCAGUGAGAGGUCAACUGUCAUCAGACACGAGAGGACACACACAGGAGAGAAACCUCAUAUUUGCAGAGAAUGUGGACGAGGAUUCAGUGUGAGGGCACGUCUCAUCAGACAUCAGAAGACACACACAGGGGAGAAGCCUUAUGUUUGCACAGAAUGUGGUCAAGGCUUCAGUGAGAGGUCAACUCUCAUCAGACACCAGAGGAGACACACAGGGGAGAAGCCCUAUAUUUGCAGGGAGUGUGGGCGUGCCCUCAGUGACAAGUCAACACUCAUCACACACCAGAAGAGACACACAAGGGAGAAUUCCCAUGUUUGCAGAAAAUGUGGUCUAGGCUUCAGUCUGAGGUCAAAACUCAUCACACACCAGAGGACACACACAGGAGAGAAGCCCUAUGUUUGCAGGGAGUGUGGACGAGGAUUUAAUCACAGGUCAAAUCUCAGGAGACACCAAAGGACACAUACAGGGGAAAAGCCCCAUGUUUGCAGGGAAUGUGGACGAGGCUUUGGUCAGAGGUCACAUCUCAUCAGACACCAGAGGACACACUUAGGGGAGAAACCCCAGGGCUUAAAUCUGAAGUCAAGCCCCAUCAGACAACAGAGGAACACACAGGGGAGAAGCCCCAUGUUUGUAGAGAGUGCUGUCAUGGCUUAA